GCCGGAGUGUACUCUGGGUAGUUUCAGAGUGCCGCAUGCAGGAAGCCAAACGCAACUAAAGGAUGUCAUUCCGAGGGAGAGGAGGCUUUAACAGAGGUGGAGGAGGAGGAAGAGGAGGUGGUGGUUUUGGAGGAAGAGGAGGUGGCCGUGGAGGUUAUGGACAGGGUGGUGGAAGAGGUGGGUUUGGAAGAGGAGGCGGACGUGGAGGCUUCAACAGAGGAGGAUAUGACCAAGGUCCUCCUGAGAGUGUUGUUGAGGUUGGGGAAUUUAUGCAUCCAUGUGAAGAUGAUGUGGUGUGUAAAUGCAUUACACAGGAAAACAGAGUGCCUUAUUUCAAUGCUCCCAUAUACCUUGAGAAUAAAGAACAGAUUGGAAAAGUGGAUGAGAUAUUUGGGCAGCUAAGAGACUUUUAUUUUUCUAUUAAACUCUCUGAAAACAUGAAAGCAUCUUCAUUCAAGAAAUUACAGAAGUUUUACAUUGACCCAGCAAAGUUGCUUCCACUGCAAAGGUUUCUACCUCGGCCUCCUGGUGAGAAAGGUCCUCCCAGAGGAGGUGGACGAGGUGGAGGGAGAGGUGGAGGACGUGGCAGAGGUGGUGGCAGAGGAGGUGGAGGUGGCUUCAGAGGUGGAAGAGGUGGUGGAUUUGGUGGUGGAGGUGGUUUUCGAGGAAGCCGAGGUGGUGGAUUUCGUGGUGGACGUGGCUUUCGAGGAGGGCGUUAAAUUGCUGUCAGUCCUUACAUGCGUGGCCACCUGUUGAUUUCCUAUUUUUUGGAAUAGAGUUGGAGUUAAUGACCUUGUUAUAUUUUAUUUUUGAAAUGGGACUUGCUCUUCAGCAUUGCCAGUAAAAUGAUCUGUACCGGAAAGAUGACUCGGCAGCAAUGUUUGAGAUCCGCUUACCCAAGCAAUCUUAAUGCGAAGAUUUGUAGACCAGAAUAUGUUUUUAUGUCUGAUUUUUAUAACUUUAAAUUCCCAUUCUUAUAACCAUUGGACUGGGUAGGUAUUAUUCCCAACAAGUGCUGUAUUAUUGUGAUUGUAACACCACACACAAGAACGUCUGGGAUGGCAUCAUUUAGACCUUGCGCUGACACAAAGGUAUCAUCUCUCAAGGAGGAUAUGUGCGCUGAUAAUAAAUCUGCAUAGAUGUGCUGGCAUAUGCCCAAAUAAAUGAUGUUCAGCCCAAUU